AUGAUAAAGAGCUCAUUGAUAGAGCCUGAUGGAGGUACAUUGGUGGAUCUGAUAGUGCCGGAAAGCCAAAGAUAUUCGAAGAUGACGGAGAUAGAGUCGAUGGCGAAGGUGAAUCUCACGAGAAUUGAUAUGGAGUGGGUGCAUGUGAUAAGUGAAGGGUGGGCUAGCCCAUUGAGAGGGUUCAUGAGGGAGAGUGAAUACCUUCAGAGUUUGCAUUUUAAUUGUUUGAGGAUGGAAGAUGGUUCUGUUGUGAACAUGUCCCUUCCGAUUGUGUUGGCAAUUGACGAUGAAACAAAAGGGAGAAUUGGCUCAUCUUUGCAUGUUGCUUUGGUUGGGCCUCUUGGAGAUUGUGUUGCUAUUCUUCGAAGUAUUGAAAUAUACAAGCAUAACAAAGAAGAAAGAAUUGCCAGAACAUGGGGAACAACUGCUCCAGGAUUGCCUUAUGUUGAUGAAGUGAUUACUCCAUCAGGGGAUUGGUUAAUUGGAGGAGAUUUGGAAGUUCUAAAACCAAUCAAAUAUAGUGAUGGACUUGAUAACUAUAGACUCUCCCCUAAACAACUUCGGAAAGAAUUUGAAUCGCGUAAAGCUGAUGCAGUUUUUGCAUUCCAGUUAAGAAACCCAGUGCAUAAUGGUCAUGCCUUGUUGAUGAAUGAUACUCGGAAGCGACUGUUGGAAAUGGGAUACAAGAAUCCAAUUUUGUUGCUUCAUCCUCUUGGAGGUUUCACAAAGGCUGAUGAUGUACCCUUGGAUGUUAGGAUGGAACAACAUAGCAAGGUCCUAGAAGAUGGUGUUCUUGAUCCAGAGACUACCAUAGUGGCCAUAUUUCCAUCACCGAUGCAUUAUGCAGGACCAACGGAAGUGCAGUGGCAUGCCAAGGCACGAAUAAAUGCCGGUGCCAACUUCUAUAUUGUUGGUCGGGAUCCUGCCGGCAUGGCUCAUCCAACUGAGAAAAGGGAUCUCUAUGAUCCUGAUCAUGGCAAAAAGGUUCUCACCAUGGCUCCUGGCCUUCACAAGCUUAACAUUUUGCCUUUCAAGGUGGCAGCUUAUGAUAAUAGGGAAAACAAGAUGGCAUUUUUUGAUCCCAGCCGUGCUAAAGAUUUCCUUUUUAUAUCUGGAACCAAGAUGAGGGCUUAUGCAAAAAAUGGUGAAAAUCCACCAAAUGGUUUUAUGUGCCCAUCUGGAUGGAAGGUUCUUGUCGAGUAUUAUCAAAGUUCGCAAGCCCAAGAGGCAUCACAAUAG